GUGAGCGGAGAUUUUUCAGUGGGAAAAGAGAUGAUGUGACGUGAAGUGUGAGUGCCGAAGAUGCCGCGCAGGAAGAGAUCAUCGUCAACGAGUUGUGAUAUGUUCGAGGACGACUAUGAGGAUGACUUAGACGGUGCAGGACAGCAGCAAUUGCCUGUGCAGAGAAACGCCGCGAAUGCUCGCGAAAGGGCGCGAAUGCGAGUGCUUUCGUCGGCCUUUUGUCGUCUCAAGACCAAACUUCCUUGGGUGCCGCCGGACACUAAACUGUCGAAGCUGGACACGCUGCGCCUGGCCAAAGGAUAUAUUCAGCAACUGGAGGCGAUUUUGGCCGGUGAACCAAUCGAGGACAAUCUCCAGAUCGCCUCUCAUCACAAUAAUCUGACUUGGCCAUUCAUCUUCCAGAAUGCGUACGAUCAGAGAUCAGUACUUCCCAAUCCGCCGAUCCGCCAGAAUAAUGGAAUUCUAGAGAAGCCGGAGUUUCACCAUCAAGAAGUUAAUGUUCUCGCGACAUCAACUUUGCGCACGAAUCCUUAGGAUAAUUUAAUCGAGCCAAAUUGGUCAGUUUAAGCUUAAGUAGCCGUAAGUAUUGUAUUCAAUUGAUUUGAU